AUGGCUUCUAUCCUUAAAAAGAUCAUUCGCAAUGACGCUAUGAAGGAAGAUCCCGUCGAGAUCUAUGGAUGGAGAUCUUUCGUGCUGACCUUGACAGCAUGUAUGUCCGGCAUGCUCUUUGGUAUGGACACGGGUAUCAUUGGCGGUGUCAUCGUUCUCCCUGCUUUUACCAAGAAGUAUCAUUUUGAUGGCCUCAGCAAAAACGAUGCCGCAACCCUCUCGGCCAACAUUGUCUCGUUCCUCCAGCUCGGGUGCAUAUUCGGCGCUUUACUUGCAUACCCUUUCGCCGACCGAUAUGGACGACGUGCUUCCCUGAUGGGUUCUGCCUUCAUCGGCCUGGUGGGAAUUGUCAUGCAAUUUGCCGCCUCGGGUUACCUAGGGUGCAUGUAUACAGCUCGGCUUAUUGCUGGCCUCGGAGCAGGAGCAUGCUCAAUGAUUGCUCCUCUUUAUGUCUCCGAGAACGCUCCUCGGGCUCUCCGGGGUGCGCUUACUGGAACCUUUCAGUUCUUCAACACUUUCGGUGUGAUGCUUGCAUUUUGGAUCGACUAUGGUGCCGAACUCCACCUUACCGGCUCCAGCUCCUACAUCGUUCCUCUAGCAACACAAGGAAUACCGGCAAUCCUUUUGAUCGUUGGCAUGUUCUUCAUGAAUGAAUCCCCUCGCCAUCUCGCCAAGCAGGACGAAUGGGAAAAGGCCAAAAAGGUCCUAUCUUUGGUUCGGAAUCUUCCCGAGGACCAUCCCUAUUUGCAGAGCGAGUUUCAAGACAUUGCCAUCCAACUUGAGCGCGAACGCUUAUUGAUCAACGGCGCAGGCUGGCGAGCUCUACAACGUGAGAUGUGGACGAUACCAGGCAACCGGAAACGAGCCUUGAUCAGCUUUGUCCUCAUGAUGUUCCAGAAUUUGACCGGUUCCAAUGCGAUCAAUUAUUACGCACCCACAAUCUUCAAGAACAUAGGGAUCACAGGGACUUCAGUGAGCCUUCUGGCGACCGGCAUUUACGGAAUUGUGAAGAUGUGCUCGUGUGCGACCUAUCUGAUAUUCUUUGCCGAUUCGCUGGGGCGACGACGAUCUCUCCUUUGGACUGCCAUUGCCAUUGCCUGCGACAUGAUGUACAUUGGGCUCUACGUUCGCAUCUCGCCGCCCAAACCUGGUGUGCCGAUCUCGGGUGCAGGAUACUUUGCCCUUGUCUGCAUCUACUUGUUUGCAGUCUUCUUCCAAAUGGGAUGGGGGGCGACACCCUGGAUAUAUGUGUCAGAAAUUCCCAGUGCACGACUGCGCUCUAUGAACGUGUCCAUCGCUGCAUCCUCCCAGUGGCUCUGGAACUUUGUCAUUGCAAGAGCCGUGCCAAAUAUGUUGGUGAACAUGGGUAGUAAUGGAUAUGGAACCUACAUAUUCUUCAGCGUCUGCUGCCUCUGUUCAUUUGUGUUUGUGUGGUUCUUUGUUCCAGACACUAAAGGGAUGUCUCUGGAACAGAUGGAUGACUUGUUCGGAGUGACCGAGCUCGUCCAUCAGAAGGUUGGAGGUGAGCCGGCCAUAACCCAUGAUGGGGAGACGAAAAGCACCCAUGGGGUCGAGACUCUUGUGGAGAAUGUUGGCAAGGUGUAA